CGUGUAGUACAAGCCAAUUGUUGCGGAAUAGGCGGGGUUUUUCCCCCUAAUACGAGUGGAGAAAAGUACCGCCGUUCUGAACGAAACCUUGCUGCUUCUCGCACGCGCCCGUUUCUAACCAGCAUAUCCAAUAUGUCUGGAAGAGAAGGAGGUAAGAAGAAACCCCUCAAGGCUCCUAAGAAACAAAAUAAGGAGAUGGACGAGGAUGAAGCUGCCUUCAAGCAGAAGCAGAAGGAGGAGCAGAAAGCUAUGGAGGCGCUGAAAGCCAAAGCAGCAGGAAAAGGACCCCUAGCUGGGGGCGGAAUCAAGAAGUCUGGGAAGAAAUGAGUUGGAGUCAUUAGUUAAACGCAUUUGAGAACUGUUAUGUGAACAAGUCUGCUUUGGGGCCACAAAUGUACACCAACUAGCAUUUUUAAUACCCUGCUGUGAGGAUGAGAAGAAAAAACGCAUAAAUAAAGUUUUGUAUGUAUUUGGUGUGGAAUCACUCAAUGUUUAUUGCAUAAACAAAGAACUACAAAAGUUAAACACAUUUCAGAUUUUUUAAAAUGUACAUUUUAAUUUCAAACAUCAGCCAUGCAUUUAUUUUCAGAAAAAAUGGUUUUCUUUUUCCGGGUCUUCUGCCAGUGUUUUCUUUCUCCUGCUGUCAUCUAUUUCCUGCAUGUGGCAGAGCCUAAAGCAAGAGUUUGUUUAUUGGGUUUUUUGUUUGUUUUUUUUUUGUGGUGGGGGGUGUUAGUUUGAAGUGACUCCUAUGUAUUGUGUAUUAGAUCAUAGGUGCUAAUGGGAUGUACAAAUAAAGAAUUUAGCUGCUUA